AUGGACCAACAGCACCCCGAAAACCCUUCGGAUCUGAUCCGUAACACCACUCCUUCUGCACCGCAGAGCCAAGGGUCCUUCCGCAAUGCAAUGUCACCUCCGCUGUACCGCAGAAGCACUCCCGGAAGUCUCCAGGCUUCUCCUCGAUUACCUCGCUCAGAGCUCCUCCGGAGGAGUCAGUCAGCAGCGUCCAUGUCGCCACCUGUCUCCGCAGCGGUGCGGAACGGAGAGCUUUUGCCGUCUAUCGAAUCUCGCACGCCGCCAUCGCGCGACAUCACAGACUCAACGAUAGACGAUGCUUAUAUAGAUUUCAUUUUCUACUGCAACCCGGGAGUGCCAACCACUACAAAUACGUCCGAGCUGCGGAGAAUGUUCCGAUCACCGCCCCGAAGCGAUGGGAAAUGUUUCAGCAUAUAUAUUCUCUGGCAAUUGAUACAGAAAUUCGACCGCAAGGAGCUGAAGACCUGGAUCCAAUUGGCCAUGGAGCUUGGAGUCGAGCCUCCAUCUCUGGAGAAGAAACAAAGCACACAGAAAGUGCAGCAGUAUGCUCGGUGGAUGCGUGCCAUGCACGUGGAUGCCUUUUUCGAUUACUGUCUUGGGAAUAAACACCCUUAUUAUAGCAAUAUCGGUGCUAUGCAGGAGCAAGAUGGGGAUGCCCGGGACGGUGUGCCAAGGGAGGACGAUCUUGUUCUGCGAGCCCUGUUCCCCGAGUGGAAGCCCAGAAAGGGCCGCAAACGAGCGUUACUUGAACAAAAGACCCCCAAAAGACCACGCUUAGACACACAAAACAUCGUUGGUGGGAACGGCGAUGUAUCCUACACUCCAUGGAGCGCGGUUCCAGAUGAUUUCGAGCAACACGAUAAUUGGGCGACAAACUCUGUAUUCAGCACCAAUAGUCAGACUGAGCAUCAACGGCAUGCUGUACCACCAGGUGCCAGCUCACGAUGGGAUUUCCCUGGUGCACAACGAACUUCUCCAUUCAGAUAUCCUCAGUCAGCUGUGACCCCUCGUUCUGCGCCUCAGGAUGCCUUUUUUGACAGAGAGCCACGCUCCGCUAUAACUCCCGAUGUCGCAAAUAAGUUGCAUUAUAAGCGGCGGAGGGAUCAGCCGGAUUUCCCGCCAUGGGCCCCGCCCCGUGGAGCUCCGUUGGAUCAAGAAAGAAAUCAUCAAGCGUUCCAAAGUGCCAAAGCUACCGACAUUGGGGGCACCUUCAAUGCCCCGAUGCCUGCAGAAUACGAGUCUUCUCAGCCUGUGGAUUCCAACCUUCCAAGCCUAGACAGGGUUGGCGGGGAUGUAGCUAGCAAUGCGGCGCAGGAUCCAGCAAGUUCUAUCCCUACUCCGAAUACGGGCACUCUACGGCCAGUAAAACUCCAGCUUCAAGUCCCGCAGGGUUCGCCCAAGCCCCCAGUUAGGCUGGCGACGCCUCAGCUUCUCGUGAAUGGAGAGUAUCGUCGGCCAUCUGUUGAAAACCAGGUCAUCAGAGAGCCAACGCACCCAUACGACCAUGACCAACAAGAUUCUUACCCUGGGCAUCCCGAACAUUUCAUCUCACCUCAAGACUUAGAUACCCUCUCUCUCGACAGAGUAGCAGCUAUGUUCUCACUUGAAGUUCAACGUGCGCAAAACUCUGGAGGCUUUGGUAUUCUGAGUGAGAAGGGCUCCAGCAUCAUCACCGAUGCUAUACUCAAGCAGAUCGAUUCUCAGUGUGCUACCAACCAACCUCCCAAUAACUUCGCAGUAUAUUGCGCAAUUUACCUAGGUCUGGGUCCUCGGCUGGGCCUGGGUGGAAAAAGACUUGGGCCUUUGAGGAUUAACAUCGGCCACCUCGAAUCCAAUGCACUCUUCACUAUGACUUGA